AUAAUAAAUCGAUUAUUGAUUAUUAUGUUUUGCUGAGAGAGAGAUAGGAAGCACAGACAACCGACAACCCAUCACAAUUUGGUUUCUUUCUCCACCAUCUAUCUAUCAUCUCACACUUUACCAAAAUUGACCUUACCACCUUUUUUUAACCCUCAACCCGCAAUAAAUCAAACUAAAAAGAGCCAGACGACCUCUAACCCAGCCGGGACUAAUAAGAACUUACCACCUACACUUACAACAACGACUAUCAAGAAAGGCCGAAUACAUUGACCUCCAUCACUGCCUCCCCUCACCUCAUUUCACCUCACCACCUCCCAACAACGAAGAACAAAUAAACACCUUCCACUGCCUCACUUACAACAAAAUUAUACAACAAUUCAUCAUGGCUUGCUGAUAACCUUUUCACUCAUAUUUGGUUUUAACUGGGGCAAACAUUGCCAGAAACUUGACCACCAAAGAUGUCUGCACUCGACGUGCUUUCACCACCACCACCAUCACAACCAUACAACAAUGGAUCCAACAACAUUUCCAAGAAACUCUGCGGGAAGCACUCCAUCUUCGAGUCCAGGUCUAUUUAGUCCUUCCAAUUUACAUCGUCAAUCUCUACCAUUUUUCGACCAUGGAACUCCCCAUUCGAGUCCUUAUCUUCAUCCUUUGCAGAUGCAUAGAGUAAGAGAGUAAGUUAUCCUCUCUCCUUGCGCACUUCAUUUAUAUCGAGAUUUCUUCUUCACUUUGGUCUGCGAAGCUUAUCAUUGGGUAUCUACAACUUGUACUACCUUGGCAAGUAUCGACCGGUUAUCAACACAUCCAUUUGCUUAGCCUCGCCACUUUGACAAACUAUUGGCUACUGACUCACUAACUUAUUUCUUCUUACCGCAGAACUCACAAAGCACAAGUCGAACAAGAUUUCAUCACCGGAAGGAAACUCAUCAAUCAAUAUGAGAUUAUCGAUGAAAUCGGGAGAGGCGUACAUGGAAAAGUAAAAUUGGCCCGGAGCCUUGAAACUCAAGAUUAUGUCGCCAUCAAGAUUAUUCAAAGGUUUUCAAAGAAAAGAAGGCUUGGGAGGGUUACCGUUUCUCCCGAGGACAAAACUAAGAGAGAGAUUGCCAUCCUCAAGAAAAUUCGUCACCCCAAUGUUGUCGGUCUACUGGAAGUUAUUGAUGACCCGGAGUUGAAAAAGAUAUACAUGGUUCUUGAGCACGUCGAAUUAGGAGAAAUAGUAUGGCGUCGAAAGGGAGUUCGAAAGAUAUCUCUAUAUGAGAGGCGGAGAAUUGAAAGAGAAAUUAGGGGUGAGGACGAUCAGGGAAAUGACGAGGCAUACUUCGAGACUCUCAAACGUCGGCGACAACGGAAAGAGAUGAAGAGAGCAAAGCUUUUACAGUUUCAAGGAAAUGGAGAGUUUUGGAGUUUGGAACAUGGGGAUGAUGAUAAAGAAGAAGAAGAUCGUUCCGAGUUAGCGCCUCUGUCGCGAGUUACUACGAGAGAAUCCUACGUAUCCUUAUCGCACACUUCCCUUGUCCGAUCAGCCCCUGGAUCUAUCAAAAGCUCUCGAGCCACAUCUAGAGCACCGACUGCACAAAGUUCCCGUGCCCCCACACCCUUACCGGGACCGGUAGACUAUGACAUCGGACCAAUAGAUAGUGACAAUGAAGAGGAUGCACCCGGCUCGUAUGUUUCACGUACUUCGGCUAUGGCUUUGGAAGGCACAAUGUACGGGUCUUACGCGGAAGAUCCACUGUAUCGGGAGAGAUCUCCUAGUAUGGCCGACAGUAUUAUUUCUCACAUGUCUUCAAUAGAUGACAUGACACAACAUGAUGCUUUCGAGGACGAUUUCUCCUAUGUUCCAUGCUUUACUUUGGAUCAAGCUAGAUCGGCUUUUCGAGACACCGUUCUGGGAUUGGAGUAUCUACAUUACGAAGGUAUCGUUCACCGAGAUAUCAAGCCUGCUAAUCUGCUGUGGACAAGGGAUCACCGCGUCAAAAUCUCCGAUUUUGGUGUAUCAUAUUUCGGUCGACCCAUUAGAGAAGGAGAAACAGAAGAGAAUAUUUCCGAAGCUGACGCGACCGACUUCGAUGAUGAUCUGGAGUUGGCCAAGACUGUUGGAACACCUGCUUUCUUCGCUCCCGAAUUGUGUUAUACCGACAUAGAUAUCGAACAACCAAGGAUCACAGAACAAAUUGAUGUAUGGUCUUUGGGGAUCACUCUCUAUUGCCUGAUAUAUGCCCGCAUUCCAUUUAUGGCAGAGGAUGAAUACCAAUUAUUCAAGGCCAUCGCAAAAGAAGAUGUCUAUAUUCCUAGAAAAAGAUUAAAGGCUGUCGAUCCAGGUAAUCCAACCUCACACUUUAGCAGAAGGAUGGGGCCAUGGGACGGGCCGUAUAGGGAUGAAGGGGAUCUGUCUUACGAAGAGAUCGAUGAUGAACUAUACGAUUUACUCAGGAGAAUGUUGAUCAAAGACCCCGCCGAGCGGAUCAAACUUAGGGAAGUCAAGCGACAUCCAUGGACUAUCAAAGGCAUUGAGAAUAUCAUUGGUUGGCUUGACGAUACAGACCCAUCACGCAAGACAGCAGGACGCAGGAUCGAAGUUGAUAAGAGCGAAUUGGAACGUGCCGUUGUACCUAUUACGUUUUUGGAGCGCGCCCGGUCGACCUUGAAGAAGACUUUAGGCAAAGUCACAAGUGUGAUGAGAAAUGAUAAGCAUGAAGGAUCCCGCAAGAGGGCUACAAGCAAUGCUACAAACACAAGUUCAGGUGCCGAAAAUCCCACCCAUGCCCCACCAUUUACUCCUAUUUUGCGCGAGAUGGUUCGUCGAGCCAGUCUUCGUGGAGAUGAAUACUUUUCAUCUAAUGGCGACUCUCACAAUGAUCACCAUAAAGAAUCAACGGAGCACCCUUUAGCUCAGAGUCAAACGGCUAGCCCUGAUGCGGUACCGUGCGAUCCAUUUCAGCAGGACUUUACCCUUUCUUCCUCGGUAGGAGCAACCCCCCAACGUUCUGGAUCCUCUUUGGCAUCAUCAAAUUUUGAUGCAAGACCAGGUCCACCGGAACGCGCUAUCUCGGGGACGCCAUCGAUUGCGACGGUCGUUCAUCGAGGUCACUCAUAUUCGAGAUCGGUAAAUCACGCAUUUUCUGGAAGCCCCCCUGCGGAAGAAUGUCCAAGAACGCCAGGUCCUUUUACGGAUCACAUGGGGCAAAUAUUUGGAGGACAUUUAUGGAAUCCUAGAGGUCGAGAAUCCUUGAUUGAGAUUGAUGAAAGCGCAUCAUCGAGGGCAAGAUCUGUUGACCGGGCUCUCUUUAAUGCGGAAGACAAGCAUGCAUCCGCCAGCGUCGCAAUGAGUCCUGCGCUCGCCCCUGGACUUUUCGGACAUUCCCGCUCAAUCCAUUCCUCCGAGACUAGUCCAAUUAACGCUUAUUUUGACAGGCCAUUACCCUCACCCUUGUUCUUCCAACCUUACCUUUUUGACAAGCACCAACCGGUUUCCUCAGCAUCGACGCCUAACGUCAUGAGUACCCAAUAUGCUGCGUCAAUCCUUGAAGAUAGACCCGCCACAGCCAAUCGAAAUCCGGAAGGAAGAACACCUCCACCGAGAAUAUAUGGCGCGAGCACACCUGAAUCAUUUCAAAGAGCUCAAGAACAACUUGAUCGACGAAGAAGGAUCGAAGCCGAUGCAAAUGUAAAAAGACUUGAGUUUCACAGCUCGAACCUCAAAUUAGAAACUGCUCCUUUGAAAAAUUGUCCGACAUCACCCGAUGAUAAAAUUUUCGCUCAAAAACAAGAGGACGCUGCCAAACGUGCUCGGUCGUGCAGCUCGGUCAACUCGACAAGUCUCAUAUCGCCAGGUGAUGUCGGUGAUAUAACCUCCCCGUCUGAUGUCAAUUCGCCUAUAUCCUCGGUGGCUCUUGGUUCACAAGAACAAAUUUUCCCAUCGGUCCCUUCAUUACCUGCUUUAGUAUCUGGCUCAUCCUCUGUAUCUGCUGAUCCAGAGGGUGAUAUGCUUCAAGACCCUGGCACGUGUCCAACGCAUACCAUCUACGAUACCACCGAGACAAUCACACCUAUAUUUUCUAAACAAUCUUCGGAUAACGAAACUUUAACAAUUUCGGACGAUCAUGUUGCUAUUCAUCCCGUCAAUACUCACCCUUAUGAAGAUACGGAUGAGGAGGGGUAUAAUGGUGAUGGUGAUAACAGUAUGAAUGCGGAUAUUGAUGAUUCGGAUAGUGAUGAAGGUCUUACAAUGGUGAGGAAAAAACCAAAGACAAAGUUGGCAGGGAUGGGUAGUCAUGGUAGAAGAGGUACCAACGCAAGUGUUGGUAGCACAGAUACUGCCAAGAAAGUUUCGAUGGAGGCAUGAGAUUAUGUGAUGUUGGCUGGUAAACCUCUGAUUUGAGGUGAUAUUUUCUGGGAAUUGAAACUGCAUGGCUCUCCUUUUCUCGACGUCCGUUAUUCAUUUGAUGGCCAACGAAAAGAAUCGUGAGGUUGGUUCCGGAACAGGAAUGAGAUUCAUCAUGGAAAAGUAACAAUUACUAAAGCACCACUCUUUUAUCCUGAACAGCGAAGAAUCCGAUGAGGGAUGAAGCAAAUGUGAGGGACGAUUGAGAUUCAAUCACAGCCUCUUGCGAAGAUCAGAACUCCUCUUGUGGAAAGAAGUGUAGGUUAUGAUGGAUUAUGUUAUUAUGAUUUCGUGUUCACCUUUUCCCAUUCGGGUUUUAUAUUAUUUGCCCAGUGGAGCUUUAAGCUUGGAAGAAGCAAAGAUAGGGGUAUGUUAUGAGAGGGUGGAUGGGAUUCUGAACCGUUGUGGUUUAGUUUUGUUUUAAGAUGCUGGCGGGAAUUUUGAUGCAUACUGCAUGGAAAGGGAUGGGAUAUUUUCUUUUUUCAAGAGGAGUUAUGGCGUAAGCAAGAUGUGGUGCAUUGCAUAUAUAGGGGAGGGUACACAAACAUGAAGAGAAGAAUGGAUGGGAUUAAGUAAGAAAGGAAGGUACUCGGAAAUCGGAGAUAUGAUGUUUUGAAGGUUGUGAAUACUGCUUCUUGAGCUGAGAAUCUGCUUACUAUAUAUAAUCAUUGAGAUUGGGUGGAGGAGAAUGGAAAGAAUAUGGGAAGGGAAGAAAUGUGUGGUGGUGGUGAUUGGAUGUAGGUAUGGUUGAGUGGUGGAUGGGAAUUGAAAUGAGAAGAUGUGAUACCUAGAGAUGAGAAGAAUUGAUAUGCAUAAGAUGAAUACACGAGAUGAGAUAUUUGUUUAUAUUUGUAUUAUAGU